GUGACCAAAACAGAAAAAGCAGGAAGAGCCCAAUGGCGUCUAUGUAAAUACUCGGGUCAGGGACUCUGCAGGGAUAUGUGGGAGUCUUCAGCUGAGAGUAAACGAGAUAAACACGUACUGAGGAAUGUAAUGGCGACGUGACAUUUAGUUCUGCACGCUGUGGUACGGGUUGGAUGUAGUUAUGGAAAUCAAACCCAACAACAGUUUUCCUAGUAUUGUUGAUUUGGAUGAUUACCUCAUCAAACAUAAUUCCAACUUAGUCUGGCUACUUGUAGCCACUAUUCUGUCCUGUGGAUGGAUCAUAUACUUGACCUACUACAAUUCCCGUAACAUUGGACUCGUUCUUACACUGAUUAUCAACAGACUCUACAAAAAUGGAUAUAUACACAUUGGCUCGUUUUCUUUUUCUGUUCUCUCUGGGAAAGUCAUGUUCCGAGAUGUCUACUACAUCAAUGAGGACAUGUCCAUUAGAAUUCAAGAUGGCUUCCUCAUAUUCCGCUGGUGGAAGAUGUAUAACCCCAAACAAAAGCAGCAUGACCCAAAGGCAGAAACAAGACUCUACGUAACUGUUAACGGCUUUGAGUUUCACGUAUAUAACCGCACUGAUCUGUACACACGGCUCCAGGAAACUUUUGGCUUGGAGCCCACUCUUAUCCCACCCCGGCAAGAUGAGGACAAAGCCAGAGAUGAACAAAACAAAACCCUUGACAGUGUUCACAUCAAAGCUGAAUCUCAGGACCCCUCCUCGUCAUGGAGGUCUCUCAUACCCGUUAUAAAAGUCAACAUCAGCACAGGUCGAGUAGCGUUCGGUAAUCACCACCUUCCUCAGACUCUGUGCAUGAACUUUGAUGAUGCCUUCUUGACUUAUGCCACCAAGCCUCCCAGCAGCCAUCUGGAUCAGUUCAUGCACAUUGUGAAGGGUUCACUGGAAAAUGUACGUGUUAUGCUGGUGCCCAGUCCACGCUACCUUGGCCUGCAGAACGAUGAGCCACCUCGACUCAUGGGAGAGGGCUUUGUUGUCAUGCAGUCCAAUGAUGUGGACAUUUACUACUACCAGGAUGAACCAGGUUUGGUGCCAGAGGAGCUGGAGAACGGAGAAACUGAAGCUUGUUCUGAGGGAACAAAGCUGCAGGAUCUGCCCCCAUGCUGGGGUUUAGAUAUAGUCUGUGGGAAAGGAACAGACUUCAACUACGGACCAUGGGCUGAUCGACAGAGAGACAGUUUGUGGAAAUUCUUUCUGCCGGCCGACUAUCAAGCAAUGAAAAUGAGUGACGUCCCAACACCCGGAAAACCGCGACAAAUCCUGGCUUUUGAGCUCCGCAUGAACAUCAUAGCAGAUGCUACCAUAGAUCUGCUCUUUACCAAGAACAGGGAGACAAAUGCCAUUCAUGUAAAUGUUGGCGCAGGUUCUUAUUUGGAGGUCAACAUUCCAAUGACUGUUGGAGAAAAUGGUUAUUCACCCACAGUUAAAGGUCAAUUGUUGCAUGUGGACACAACAAGCAGUAUGCAGUACAGGACCUUGCUGGAGGCUGAGAUGCUGGCAUUCCAUGUGAUCGCCAGCUACCCGCGUGUGUGGAACAUGCCUCAGUCCUGGCAGUGUGAGAUUGAGGUCUAUAAAGCCACUUACCACUUCAUCUAUGCACAGAAGAACUUUUUCACAGAUCUGAUCCAGGACUGGGCGAGUGACAGUGAGCCAGACAUCUACUCGUUCGUGCCAUACUCCUGGACCUUUAAGAUGCUUUUCCACCAGUUUGAGAUGAUCUGGGCCGCCAAUCAGCACAACUGGAUUGACUGCUCCACCAAACAGCAGGAGAAUGUGUAUCUCGCUGCCUGUGGAGAAACGCUGAACAUUGAGUUCACUUUACCCUUUCACGAGUUUGUUCCUGUCACCUGUAACACACAGUUCCGUUUAAGAGCUGAAGACACAGACAUGCGGCUGUGUUUGCCUGACUGCCACCCCAGUCGAUAUCCUCUACUCACCCUUGCCAAGGAUUACCAACACAGCAAGACUCCACCAGACAAAGGCAUGCCUGCUGAGCCCCAAGCAGCUCCUCCCAAGAACAGCAAAGCACGCUGGAGGAACAUGACCCAUGCUGAGGCUGGAUGGGUGGACUGCUGGAGUGUGCCUAAUUUUGGACUGAUCAUAGACUACACCUGGCACCCCAUCUACCCUCAGAAAUCUGACCAGCAGCUAAAACAGUCCUUAUCUGAGAUGGAAGAAUCCAUCCUGUCAGCCUUGCGUCCCCCAGAGCAUGUGCCCCCUGUUCCUCCUCCCCCUCGAGUGCCGUCCGACCCCAGCCUGCUACCUCCAGAUCGACUACAUGUGGAAAUGGAGCUCAGUCCUGACUCCCACAUCACGCUUUAUGGGCCUUUACUUCGAGCACUGGUUUCCAUCAAGGAGAAUUACUUCGGUGAGGACGACAUGUACACAGACUUUGAGGAGUCUCUGUCCAGCCCAGUGUUAAGCUCAUGCUCAUCCUCUUCUGGCUGGACUGGAGUGGGUCUGGAAGAGAGUGGCCACAAAGAAGCACCCCACCCUCUCUCACUGCGCCCCUGGGACAUCACCGUACUUAUCAAUUUGCACAAGGUCCAUGGGCGUCUACCUAUUCACUGCAGCAGUGACAGUCCGGAAGGUCCCACAGGGUUUCUGGAGCGUCUUUGUUUUGAGAUGAAGAAGGGCUACAAAGAGACCCUGCUGCAGCUCGUCCUCUCUCCUAUACAUUUGUUUGUCAGUGACAACUACCAGCGGCCUGCUGUUGACGGGGUGCUGCGUGACGGCCAUCUGAGUCUGUCAGGCCUGCAGAUGCGAGCUCAUGCCAUGUUUUCAGCUGAAGGCUUGCCAGCAGGCAGUGACACACUGGAGUAUGCCUGGCUCAUUGAUGUGCAGGCUGGUUCUCUCGCAGGCAAAGUCACCGUGCCUCAGUGUGCCUCCUUGCUGGAGUGGGGAGAGACAUUUUUGUUUCAUGUGGUCUCCCGAGAGUUCCAGCUGGAGCAGCCGAAACCAUCAGUCACCUGUCAGCAUGGAGUUGACCGGAGAGUGUGCGACUCCAAGUAUGCCGCUUUGCCUGGACCUUGCCGGACGUCUGAAGAUCUGAAGUAUACCAUGACCCGGCUUUCAGUAGAUGCGGUUCAGCUUUUCGUGGUAGAGCAUGGCUGUGCAGCCAACAUUAAGACGGGUGCGUUUCGCCUGGCAACCUGUAAUCUGCACACGGCUGCAGUAGGUGAAGGCAUCAGCGCCGUCCUCCAGGAUGUUGUUGUUGCUCAGUUUAUUGAGCAGCAGGAAGUGGCAAGGCUCGGACUCCCUCCACCCCUGCUACGACGAUCUAAUUGGCUUGAGGCCGGCUCUGUGACUUUUAACCUCAUCACUGCAGAUGUAGCAUUAGCUGCUGAUCAUCCAGCCAAAUAUGAGGUACAGAGACGCUUCCUGGAGCUGCACGACAUGCAGACCAAGAGGCUGUGGUUCUUGUGGCCAGAGGAGAAGUAUAAGCGGAGCAGGAACCGCUGUGGAUGUUUGGGUGGGUGCCGCUUUUAUGGCGGCUCAACUGGAGGUCUGGACUAUUUCCGAUUAGAAGAAAUCACUCCCUCGUCAAGCUCUGCCUUCUCGAGUGGCAGUGCGGAGAGUGAUAUGAGCUAUGGCCAAUCACUGUUGCAACCUGGGGAGUGGAUAAUCACCAAGGAGCAACCUAAACUCCCUGACACUAAAGGUGUCGGUGUGCGGAGGGAUACCUGUUCUCCUGCUCCCAUGGUGGAAAUGCGUGGCCCACACCUGAGUCUGCAGGUACCUCAACGUUCUCACAGCUCCGCCUCUUCUUCUGAGGAAAACUCCUCUUCCAGUGCUGCGCUGCCACUAUUGGCUGGUGAACGAGAAAGCCCCUCCCCUUCCACAGAGUUAAUGAGUGUGACCACCGAUGGACCUGUCCCUGAAGUGCCACCAAUGCGUUCUCCCCUCCGCUCGCCCCUCAAACGACAGUCCUCUGUUCAGUCUGCUCGCCUUGGCAGCACCAAAAGCCUAUCAGCUGCCGUCUUUGCGGAGAAGGUUCCUCCCCCUGCUGGUGUACAGUUUAGCAGUGAAGUGUCCCGUAGCGAUGAGAACGUUUUGGACUCGCCGCGCCAGCGUCGGAGCUACGGAUCCUUCCCUUUUACUCCUUCAGCAGAUUCCAACACGUUCCGUCAGUACCGCUCGGUGGACUCCUCCAUGUCUGUCGCAGACAGCGAAGCUUACUUUAGUGCCAAUGAGGACUUUGAACCAAUCAGCAGUGACGAAGGCCCGGGCACGUACCCUGGACGAAAACGGAGGCGGAGACAGCAAGGGCAGCCCCACAUCGAACACAGCCGCACCUCAAUAUACCACAGUGUUGAAGGACCACUGUCCAUCGCAGAGACCCGCCAACCACCGCUGCCUAGCCAUACCUCUCAAGCAUCGUUUGUGUCCGCGCUGGGAUUGGAGGAAGAAGGUUCUGUGGAAACCGAGAGGGCGGAGCCUGGCCUGCUAACAAAGCAGCCCCACUUGAUGGCUUGUUACCAUAACUAUCUAGCUCAUUAUCACGUGUCAAACUGGUCAGUAAAACAGCCGACCAAUAAGAGAACAUCGAAGUCAUCUCUGCACCGCCCUCUGGACCUGGACACGCCCACUAGCGAAGAAAGCUCUGCGUCCUUUGAUCAGUUGUCCAUUCCUGCUUUUAAGAUUGUGAAAGCUGGUUUGUCUGCUAGCUCUCUGUUAGACAGAGGAGUUCAGCUCAUGGGGGAUUUAAGCAGCACCCCUUACACACCUUUGGACAAGCGAGCAAUGGAAAACACGGAUGAAGACACAACAACAGAAGACUGGACUGUGGAUCAGCCACUGGCCCAGACUAGGACCACCGCUAUCGUUGAAGUGAAAGGAGCAGUCAAUGUUGUGCUGACCCCUCUAGUAGCAGAAGCACUGGACAGGUACAUUGAGUCCAUGGUACACUUCGCCAGUAUUCGCCACCAAGCUUCCAUCCUGGACGACCUGCAUGGCAAAGUUCUGAGUGAAGCUUAUCAGAUCAGCAAAUCCACCGUCUCAGAGUCUAGCACUGCAAAGCCUGAGCAUAAAAUCUCUAAAACUGAGGGUACUACUACUACUGGACAGACUGACCUGUCUGUCAAACCUGAUAAUGUGAAAAUAAAGGGCCUGCAAGCCAAUGUUACUAUUCCAAAGGUGAAUCUGUGUGUGCUGCAGGCUUCAGUAGAGGAAGGUUCUCCUUCUAAUAAAAGUGUCACACACGUCUCUCUUGUGGCCCUCUGCUUUGAUAGAAUUGCUACCCAGCUUCGAAUGAACCGGGGAAUAGUGGAGGACACAGAGAAGCCCUCUGUAAUGAUGGAGAAUUUCUCGUCUGCUUCCAAGAUGGCUCCACAGUCCAGUGGAUCUCUGCGCUCGAAUGCUGGGAUAGAGAAAGGCAAAGAAAUAGCAGCCAAACUCAACAUCCACCGCAUACACAGCCAGCUGCGUGGCCUUGACUCAUCAGACCUGGGGGCGUGUGCUAUUACUGCCAUUCCUUUUGAGAAGUCCAAGGUUCUUUUCAGCUUAGAGGAGACUGAUGAUUUUGCCUUGGUGGAUGAGACAGAGCCACAAAUCAGCACGGAUCACGUCCAUGACCACGCCUCUGACCCGGCCCGCUCUGGGACGAGCCCUGAGAAAUGGGGCUGGAUCAUGUUUGAGUGUGGGAUUGAGAACCUCACUGUGAAAGGGGGCCGUCAGUCAGGUGCUAUACUCUACAGUGCAUUUGGAGUGAUGGGUGGAGCUGACACUGGUGUUAAGGGUGGUGUUUCCAAGUCUAAUGGCUCUAGCGGCUCUCAGACAGGAAGUGGAUAUAGCACUGAUGUGUCUGACGACAACCUGCCGAACGAUGCUCACGGUCCUGCCUCUGAACCCAACAACAACUCUGAUUCAGAUGAGCAGGAUGAAGGGGUGGAGUCUGAUGACCUGAAGAAGGACCUCCCCUUAUUGCCUCCUCCACCUGACUCCAGCAGUAUGAAGCUGACCAUAAAGGAGAUCUGGUUCAGUUUCGCUGCUCCAACCAACAUACGAUCUCAAACACAGACCAUGUCCAGGCAACUCAAUCUGUUGAGCACAGCAACUCCAGCUAUUGGUGCAUGGCUGGUACCGAUUGACCAGCUAAAAUCCUCCCUGCAGAAACUAGACAUGGAGGGCACACUGCGGGUGUGUGCGGUUAUGGGCUGUAUCAUGACUGAGGCCCUGGAGAAGAAGAGCAUUCACUACCCAUUCCGGAGCAAAUACAAUCGAGUGACGAAGAGAGCUCGCUUUCUACACGAGAACCCGUCCUGUUUACUGUGUAAUAUUUUACAUCGCUAUCUACAACAAGCCGACUACAGCAUUAUAGAGGAGGCCACCAUGAACGAUGGUCUGCCUGCUCUGGUCACUUUGAAGAAGGGUCUGGUAGCACUUGCUCGUCAGUGGAUGAAGUUUAUCGUUGUCACUCAGGGCUUUAAGCCCGUUAGCAUGCUACGACCUAAUCAGCUACCAAAACCUAAAGAGACCCUCCUCAGCGAUCCUGACCCCACACAGGGUGUGGACAGUGCAGCUGGUCUUCAGAGUGACACCAGUGCUGAUGGGGUGGAGUUUGAGUUUGAUGCAGGCACAGUUAGUGAACACACAAUGCUAUUGGAGGGUGUGUGCAGUCGACCCGCCCCUACAGGAACCUCUGCACCUGUGAGUGGUGUUGAGGUGUUGAGAAAGCUGUCUAAAUCUCACACGCACAAUGAGUCUGGUCUCAAGAUCAAGGGUUCUCAUCCUUACCAGUCUCUAAGCUACACGAGUGGAGACACAGCAGCUGAUUCACCCGCUCACGUGAGUCGAACGGGGCUGCAGUCCAAUCAUAGUCCGCGAAAAGAGUCAUUGCUAAGCUACCUGACAGGAAGUUUCCCCAGCCUGCAUAAUUUGCUGGAAGCCACGCCCCCUCGCACCAGUGAGCAAGUAGCAGCCAAGAGCAGCUCUCUGACUCGCACAGGUAACAGCCUGGGGACAGACAUGCUGACUGAGCACCCUCUCUUGUCUGAGCCAUCAUCUGUCAGCUUCUACAACUGGAUGUCCAUUGCUGUUGGGAACCGCCAAGGGGGUACCGUGCAGGAGUCUCCCCUCAACCGCUCUCAGCACAACAGCCUGCAGACUGGAGGUGUACUUCCAACCAUCCCAUCAGCAUCAGACUUUAACACGGUCCUGUCCAGUGAUCAGAACACGAUGGACACGCACUCUCAGCACACACACUCUCAGCACAGCACCAGUCAAGAGGAUCUGCUGGAGCAAGAUGAGACAAACCUCUGCCCUGCAGCUGUGCAACUGGCUGAUGCGCAGGUGGUGUUUAAACCUCUGCUGAGUCAUACUGGGAUCCAGACUCAGGACACUCCUCAGUCACUCAGUUAUAAGAUGUAUUUCGGGGAGCACCUCUCCUUCAGUGGCACUUUGGAGUGCUUAAGGGCUGACAUUGUUGAUUCGGACACCAGCAAAGAGAGGAAGAACAAACGAGCACGCAGGCAAGGCAUGGUGAACCUUCCUCCACUGGAGUUCAAGCCGGCGCUGAUGAUCGAGACUUUCAGUCUGAACGCAGUAAUCCUGGAGAAAUGCAUGUCCUCACCACCGUCUGCCAGCGCCCUCUCCUUCCAUGAGCUGAGUCGCCGUCCGCAGGCCAGCGUCCACUGCCACUUCACCCUGGCCUGCCAAGCCAUCCGCCAGCACGUGGACAUGGCCCUGGUGCGUCUCAUCCACCAGUUCAGCACCAUGAUCGAUGACAUCAAGGCCACGCAGACAGACAUCAAGCUCAGCCGCUACACCGCUGGCUCUGCCUCACCCACUCCCACCUUCAAGGCUCGACCGUACCGCGAGUUCCGCUCCUCCGACUUCAGCCGCAGCUCCCGUGGCAGCCUGAACGGCGCCCCCCGCUUCAGCACGCAGAAAAGCAAGCGGGCUGCCGCCGGGCCGGGCCUGGACACGCUGACCCGCAACCGGGAGCCGCGGGGCAGGAGCUCGCUGGGCAGGUCGGAAAGGCGGACGUCCAAAGUGUCCCGCAAGGGCUCUCGGGACGUGGCGGAUCACAUGGCCAUCCAGAUGGACGACUCCGAUUCUAUUACAGUGUCGGAGCAGAGCGAGCCGUCAGCCGAGUGCUGGCAGAACAUGUACAAGCUGCUUAACUUCUACUCGCUCAUUUCUGACCCAACGGGCAUCCUGGAGAAGAGCCAAGAUAACGCACUGUCAGAGGGUGGGCGGAGCCCUGCAGAUCCUCCAUGCCGGUUGGUGUUUGAAUCAGAGGCAGAGUCUCCACCAAGCCGUCCAGGUCGUAGACGAAGCUUGGUGAGCUCUGAGCCUCAGCAUGUUACUCUGAUUGUGUUUGGCGUGGGCAUGGUUAACCGGACACAUCUGGAGGCCGACAUCGGAGGACUUACUAUGGAAGCAGAACUUAAGAAAAUACACGGCAGCUUUACGCUGAAGGAGAAAAUGAAGGAUAUUCUUCACCAGAAGAUGACUGAGACGUGUGCUUCUGCCCAUAUCGGUGGAGUAAACAUUGUGCUCUUGGAGGGGAUUACACCCGACAUCCAACUGGAGGAUUUUCCAACCUCCCCUACCAGCACAGCCAAGCAAGAGUUCCUGACGGUGGUGAAGUGUAACAUCGCUAAGUCUCAGGCUUUGUACAGUGCUCAGCGUGGACUGAAGACCAAUAAUGCUGCAGUAUUUAAAGUGGGCGCCAUCAUGAUCAAUAUCCCACAGCACCCUGCUACUCUGCACAGCAUGAUGGUCCGCAGCUCCCAUCAGCUCUCCAAACAGAUCUCUGACCUCAUCCGCCAGCCUUCUAAUCCUCCUCCUCCAAAUAGAGAAGAAACUCCCACUCCACAGCCACCUGAAAAAGCCUCAAGCAUUAACCAGACGCCGGUGGAGGCUAAUGAGUUUCCCCAGCUCCCUGAGGGUUUAGAGAAGAAGCCAAUUGUGCUGAAGUUUAGCGCCAUGCUGGACGGGAUCACUAUUGGUGCUGCGCUGCUGCCGUCUCUCAAGGCUGAGUACAAGAUGGGCAGAAUGAAGAGCCACGGGAUGACUGGUGCCCAGACAAGGUUCACGUUUGAGCUUCCCAAUCAUAAGCUCUGUUUCCAGUCCAAGGUUUCUCCCGUGGACGUGUCGGCCAUGCCUCCCUCAGCAAGCUUGACCCUGCCGCCGGUCACCAUGUCUGGAGAAUAUAUCAUUCAGGAACACGAAGGCCACAGUGACACCGCUUGGGCCCCUGAUGAUAUGCCCACCAAACAUGGCAACUAUCUCCAGGGCAACUACCUGCGCUGUGUAGCCGAGAUUGGCUCAUUUGAACAUAACCUGACCACAGAUCUUCUCAACCACUUGGUAUUUCUUCAGAGGGUCUUCAUGAAGGAGGUCAAUGAAGUCAUCCAAAAAGUGUCCGGGGGAGAGCAGCCCAUUCCCUUGUGGAAUGAACAUGAUGUAUCAACUGAUGGAGACAAGCCUAAGAUCCUUCUAUACUCUCUAAAUCUGAUGUUUAAGGGCAUUCAGGUGACCGCCACCACUCCCUCCAUGAGAGCUGUGCGCUUUGAGACAGGGCUUAUUGAACUGGAGCUGUCAAAUCGAAUUCAGUGCAAGGCCACGCCCACAGGAAGCAGCUAUUUGAAGCUCUUUGGGAAAUGCCAAGUGGAUUUGAACCUUGCCCUGGGACAAAUUGUCAAACACCAGGUGUACGAGGAAGCGGGAUCAGAUUUCCAUCAGGUUGCCUAUUUCCGGACCCGGAUCGGCUUGCGCAAUGCUCUUCAGGAGGAGAUCAGCGGAUGCUCUGACAAAGAGGCUGUCCUUAUUACACUAAACCGGCCGAUAGUGUUUGCCCAACCAGUGGCAUUUGACAAAGCUGUGCUUUUCUGGCUGAACUAUAAGGCAGCUUAUGAUAACUGGAAAGAGCAGCGGCUGGCGUUAAACUCAGACAUUCAUGUGGCCACCAAAGAGGUGGUGGAUAAACUACCUGCCAUCCAGCAGACCAGCGUCCAGGCCUUCAGCACUCUCUUCCUGCAGCUCACAGUGAACGACCUGGGCAUCUGUCUACCCAUCACUAGUGCUUCACCGGCCAAUCACAGCUUGGAUUUCGACACAAGCUCAGCUCUGGUGCUGACCAUAGAGAGCACUCUGAUUACAGCCUGCUCUUCCGAGUCUUUGGUCAGUAAAGGGCACUUCAAAAACUUCUGCAUCCGCUUUGCUGAGGGCUUUGAGACGUCAUGGGAUGACUGGAAGCCUGAGAUUAGAGGAGACCUGGUCAUGAACGCCUGUGUUGUGCCUGAUGGCACAUAUGAGGUUUGCUCAAGAACUACAGGCCAGGCCUCUGCAGAAAGCAGCAGUGCCGGUACAUGGACCCUGAAUGUCCUGUGGAAGAUGUGCGGAAUAGACGUGCACAUGGACCCCAACAUCGGCAAACGUCUCAAUGCUCUGGGGAACACGCUCACGUCUCUGACCGGUGAAGAAGACGUGGACGACAUCACUGACCUGAACUCAGAAAACAUGGCUGACCUUUCGGACGAGGAUGAAAGUGAUGGCAUGUCUCCCACUAUGCACAUGUGUAUGGAAGGGGAUCUGAGUCCCAGGCUGUCGUUCAGGAAGCGGCUGGUGAACAGCAUUCUGGGCCUUAGCCCCACGCUGCCCCCUCGCUCACCCUCAUUACACUCCGAGUAUAAGGAUGUUUCUGGAGCGUCCUCGAUCACUCGCUCCAAGUCGAGGAGCGUUCGCCUGCCUGCCUCUGCCAGUGCGCAAAGAGAUAGAAACCCAAGACCCCUGUCCUGGGGCUGUGAGUCCAUAGACCUGCGCCGGCAGGUGGUUACAGGUAAUCAGAUCAUUGAUGCCCGAGGACGCAAGUUCACCAAACGCCUGGUGGACAUCAGAGAGCUCAAUGAGCAGGCCAGAGUCAUUGACGACCUCAAGAAACUGGGAGCGAGUGAGGGAACUAUAAAUCAGGAAAUUCAGCGCUACCAGCAGCUGGAGUCAGUCGCUGUGAACGAUAUCCGCCGCGACGUACGCAAGAAGCUUCGCCGCUCCAGCAUGAGGGCGGCAUCUCUAAAGGACAAAUGGGGUCUGGGAUACAAACCAAGCUACAACAGAUCAAAGAGCAUCUCUGCAGCAGGAAGACCACCACCACCACCAAUGAAGAGGAUCGAAAGGCAGAGUUCCAGACUUGGAGAUAUGGAUGACCUUCCAGACAUUAAAGUGGACGCUGCCUCUCCUGGCCCAAGAGUUACUUUCAACAUUGACACGAUGAGUAAUGUGGCACUGGACUCCGCCCAAACUCCACUCGCACCCCCACAGAAUCCAGCCGACUUUGUCUUCAAGUUCCCGGAGGAGACAGAGAUGGACUUAUUGUCUGUCACCAUUGAUGAGCCUGCUCGCCAUUACCCAUCAUGCUCAGUGUUCAGUGCGCCCGCUACGCCUGAAGUCUUCUCACCCAGCAUUCCCUUCCAGCCUGACGACAGUCGCCGUGACGACCUGUCCACCACGUCGUCUGAGGACUCUGAUAAGGAGGAGGAAUUUGACCGCGAGAGAGUGCCCAGCUACUUCCGCCGGCCAGUAUCAUCACAGAAAAAGGCUUCAGGAUUGGCUGCAUUAUUUAGUGAGCGAUGGCCAGCCACGCCCCCUCAGCGUGGAGCGUUGACGCCACCCAACGAGCGGAACAUUGACUUUGAGCUUGAUGUGCGUGUGGAGAUCGACAGUGGAAAGUGUGUGUUACAUCCUAGUACUCAGCUUCCAGAGCAUGAGGACCUUGCAAUGCGCAGAAGCUGUGAUCGUAGCUCACGGAGUCUGGAUCAGGAUUCGCCUCCAAAGAGACGGAAGCUGCAGCCCAGCUUCACCUCAAGCUCCAACAUGCUGAGUGCCAAAAGAGUGCCCUCCUCUCUGCAGAGCAAGUGCAGCGACAUUGAGACCACUGUCUUUUACAUCCCUGGAGUAGACGUCAAGCUGCACUACAACUCCAAGACCCUGAAGACCGACUCGCCCAACGCCUCGCGAGGCUCCUCCUUGCCAAGAACCCUCUCCAAAGAGUCCAAGCUGUAUGGUAUGAGAGACUCUCCUGGCCCUGUGCCUACAGCCCCUGGCAAGACUAACACACUCCUGUCCCCACCUCCCCCUCCUCUGCCCUCAGCUAAAGGGAAGGGGAAUGCAGGAGUGAAGACUGCUAAGCUGUAUGCGUGGGUGGCCUUGCAGACUCUUCCAGAAGAAAUGGUGAUCAGCCCCUGCUUGUUGGACUUCCUUGAGAAAGCUUUGGAGACCAUCCCCAUUACACCAGUGGACAGGAAUUAUACAGCAAUGAGUGCUCCUGAGGAAGAUGUAGGCCAUUUUGAUUCUGUGGAUCCGCUGGAGGAGUCUCAGGUCUCUCUGGUGUCGGCCUCUGCCUCUCCUUACUCGUCCUUCCCAGUGGAUGUGGUAGUCUAUGUUCGAGUGCAGCCGUCUCAGAUUCGCUUCAGCUGUCUGCCCAUGUCCCGUGUGGAGUGUAUGCUGAAGCUGCCCUCUCUGGACUUGGUGUUCUCCUCCAACAGGGGUGAGCUGGAACCCCCCAGCGCCAUCCAUCCAACUGAACCCCAGCACACCCCCUCCUCCACACCCCCAUCAGUGCACAAUGCUCAGAGAGUACCUGGGAGCAAAGGUCCUCCUUUGGGUUUGGGCAGUCCGCUGGGACGCAGUCGACACAGCAGCAGUCAGUCUGAUUUAUCAGGUCCCUCCACCAACUCCUCUGGGCUGAGCUUCACAGCCUGCAUGUCUGAUUUCUCACUCUAUGUCUUCCAUCCCUACGGAGCUGGCAAGCAGAAGUCUGCUGUAACUGGUCUGCCACCUGGACAAGGACCCCUAGGAGCAGUGGAGGAGGAGAGCACGUCUGUGACCGGCAGGAAGGACUCUCUUUCCAUUAACCUGGAGUUUGUCAAAGUCAGUCUGUCCAGGAUGAGACGGACAGGCUGCCCUGCCUUUAUUGACACGUUUAUUGCUAGCAAGGGAGGCAAGAUGGACACAACACUCAUUAACAUCUCUGCGGUGUGCGAUAUUGGCUCAGCCUCAUUUAAAUAUGACAUGAGGCGUCUCAGUGAAAUCUUGGCCUUCCCAAAAGCUUGGUAUCGACGCAGCAUCGCUAGGCGACUGUUCCUUGGGGAUCAAACCAUCAAUUUACCAGCUUCAGGCCCGGCCACACCGGACUCUGCUGAAAGUGUAGCACAGCAUCUGUCUCCAGAGUCCAGCCGUAAAGCCUACUGGAGGACGUGGGAUGGACAGACAGCCCAGCAUCCCUCCUCCAGCGUGUUCAGCGAGUCCACACCCAGCCACACCCACCUUAAAUCACCUGCUACUGGCCGCUCCCGCAGUGUGUCUGACUCCUCUGCCCCCCGUCGAGACUCUGUGACCAAGACAUCAACUCCAUCCUUCCGAAAUAACAAGGCAGCAGCACAGCAGGGAUCGCCAUGGGAGACGCUAGUGGUGUUCGUCAUCAACCUCAAACAGCUCAAUGUUCAAAUGAACAUGAGUAACGUUAUGGGAAACAACACCUGGACGACAAGUGGUUUGAAGAGUCAGGGGCGUCUGUCUGUGGGCAGCAACAGAGAUCGAGAAAUCAGCAUGGCGGUGGGAUUGGGCCGGUCCAAACUGGACUCCAAAGGAGGAGUGGUGGGAGGAAAUAUUGAUGUUAACACACUUGAGAUGGUCUCCCAUAUCUCUGAGCAUCCCAACCAGCAGCCCAGCCAUAAAAUCCAGAUCACGAUGGGCUCGACUGAGGCCCGACUGGAUUACAUGGGCUCCAGCAUCCUGAUGGGGAUUUUCAGCAAUGCUGACCUGCAGCUCCAGGAUGAGUGGAAAGUCAACCUCUUUACUGAGGCCAGCUUAUCAGAGAAAAGUGAGAUCUUUGUUCAUGGAGAUCUACAGUGGGAUAUCUUCCAAGUGAUCAUCUCUCGCUCCACCACACCUGAUCUCAUCAAGAUUGGCAUGAAGCUUCAGGAGUUCUUCACUCAGCAGUUUGACACCAGCAAGCGAGCGCUGUCCACCUGGGGGCCAGGCGCCUUCCCACCCCCCAAAACACCCGUAGCCAAUGUGGAUAAAGGUGCUGCCGACCUCUAUAUGGAUGCAGCUCAUCACAGACACUGGCCAGCAGUGCUGAAGAUGGUAGCUGGCUGUCACAUCUCACUGUUUCCAAUGCCGCUGCCUGAGGAUGCUGUGCAGCUGGGAGGCUCCAUGAGUCUGCAUGGAAAUCACAUGACUCUAGCCUGUUUCCAUGGGCCCAACUUCCGCUCAAAGUUAUGGGUCCUGUUCCAUCUGGAGGAGCCCAACAUUGCCUUCUGGACCGAGGCACAGAAGAUCUGGGAGGAUGGCUCCAGCGAUGACUCCACUUACAUUGUACAGACUCUGGACUUUCACCUAGGGCACAACACCAUGGUAACCAAGCCUUGUGGAGCACUGGAAAGUCCUAUGGCAACCAUCACAAAGGUUUCUCGCCGCAGACAUGAGAACCCACCUCAUGGAGUUGCCACAGUCAAAGAAUGGUUCAACUACGUUACAGCAAUGAGAAAUGAAGAGCUUAACCUGUUGCGAAAUGUGGAUGCGAACAACUCUGAAAGUGGAGCUGCUGCUAAGAGCUCCAGCCUGCUGAGUUUCCGGGGUUCAUCCAGCUACAACCACGAGACUGAGACCAUCUUCGCCUUGCCAAGGAUGCAGCUUGACUUCAAGUCCAUCCAUGUUCAGGACCCAGAGGAACCGUCUCUCAGUGAUGCGAGCAGCAAGCCUAAAGUGGAAUGCAGUGUGGUGACAGAAUUCACUGAUCACAUCUGUGUUACUAUGGAUGCAGAGCUCAUCAUGUUCCUGCAUGAUCUGGUCUCUGCCUACCUGAAGGAGAAAGAGAAAGCCCUGUUUGCCCCACGGAUGUUUUCGUCACGGCCGGGCCAGAAGAGCCCCACUGCGCUGCAGGAGGAGGGCUCCACGGAUAAAGACAAACCCAAAGAAGAUGGAACGAACUACACUACUGUGGAUUGGAGAGAGUUCCUCUGCAAUACCUGGCACCUGGAGCCCACACUGCGUUUAAUUUCUUGGACAGGCCGAAAGAUUGACCCAGUGGGAGUGGACUACAUCCUGCAGAAGUUGGGCUUCCACCAUGCAAGAACUACAAUUCCCAAGUGGCUUCAGAGAGGAGUGAUGGACCCACUGGAUAAAGUGCUGUCAGUUCUUAUAAAGAAACUGGGCACUGCACUGCAGGAUGAGAAAGAGAAGAAAGGAGUACGAGACAAAGAGGAACAUUAAUGCACACUCGCACAUACAUGCACUUCAAUAUGAGAUCUGGGUCAAUGUGACUAUAAGCUAAUCUGAAACACUGGAUAAACUCACACUACUGUACAGUAAAUACAGCCGCUGCUCCUCCCCGUGUGUGAAGCUGCUGUUUACUGUGGUGGUGAACGUGGCAAUUUUUAUCUUCAGCACUGGCCGAAUGUCGCGCCUUUGUUUUUUCUUUUUGUAUAUAUUGAUCUGCAGCCUCUUUCAUUUGACUAGAACCUGCUUCUGAUUGCCAGUCGGACUUCUCAACAUACAUGACCUGCACUUAUAUAUAUAUUUAUGGUUUUGCUAACCGUUCACUUACACUGACUGCCAGUGAGGCCUGAAGCUCUCAGAGUGUGUUUUGGAGCUAGUUUACAAUGUGGCUUAAGAGCGUUUGGCGUUAUACUUUUCUCUACUGUAGCAAUUUUAAAAUUCCAUUCAGAUUUAGAUGUUUUUAACAUCAUUUUAACAGUCAAAAGACGUGCCAUUUGUUUUGCUGCACAUAUUUUUGUUUGCCGCCUGUCAGUAUGUGUGUGUAUGAGUGUGUGUGUUUGUAAAUUUAAGCCUGUAUGUGUACAUAUAGGCCAGGUCACGUCAACCGGUCACACACAAAAACAAAAACACAGACGGUUUUCCGGACAUUCUGAGAACAGCAGCACAUGUUCCAGUGUACAGGUUUGUCUGUGAGUGUCUGGUCGGUGUGCUCUGACCUUAAAUGUGCUUGUUUGAUUAAAAUGACCAAAUGUUAAGCUGUCUGUUCUGAACUGGGCUUAAAAAUUCAGUGGCAACCGUUCUAUCAAGAUCAAACCUAAUUGUAUUGUGUUUUGAAAUGUGAAUUUUUCUAAUAAUAUCUGUGAUUUUUAUUGGCAUUUCUCCACAUAUUUUAACAUCCUAAAUGUGUAAUCUCAAUCCUCCAUGUUAAGCAUGUGUGAUUUAAUAUUUUUAUGUAUAGUUAAGUGCAAUAGAUUUUAAAUCCUGAGGUGAACAGGUUCAAUGUGCUUUAACUGAAUAAAAUCAUUAUUACUGUGUUCAA